UCCAGUCCAUGCCACCAUGUUUCUUUCAGUUGUCCUGCUGGGGCUAUGCAUUUGCUUCAUGAUCCUUCAGCUGAGGCCCAAGAAGCCCAAGAACUUUCCACCAGGACCCCCUGUCCUGCCCAUACUGGGGAACAUUUUGCAUUUGAACCUACAGAACCCCUUGGAGGACUUUGAAAAGCUGAGAAAGUCGUAUGGAAAUGUCUACAGUCUGUUCCUUGGUCCUGAACCGACUGUGGUCAUCAACGGGCUGAAGGCCAUGAAGGAGGCGAUGGUGAUCAAGGCUGCUGAAUUUGCUGGACGACCUCAAGACAUGUUUAUUAAUGAGGUCACCCAGAGGAAAGGAAUGGCUUUUGCAGAUUAUGGCUCUAGUUGGAGGGAGCAUCGUCGCUUUUCUCUGAUGACCAUGAGGAACUUUGGUUUGGGGAAGAAAUCAAUGGAGGAGAGAAUUCAUGACGAGACUCAGUACAUCAUUAAAACACUAGAUAAAAACAUUGGCAAAACCAUGAGUCCUCAAGUUAUGUUUCACAACGCGGCCUCCAACAUCAUGUGCCAGGUUCUGUUUGGUACACGCUACGAGUAUGACGAUACAAUCAUCAGAACAUUUAUUCAGAGCGUCACGGAGAUUACCAAGAUCACCAACGGACCUUGGGCAGUGCUGUACAGCUCUUUUCCCUCCAUCCGUAAGCUGCCACUGCCCUUCAGCAAGGCCUUUAAGCAAAUGAAGCAUUGUUCUGACCUUGUACUUCGUCUGUUGAACGAGCACAAGAAGACCAGAGUCCCUGGAGAGCCUCGAGACUUUAUUGACUGCUACCUGGAUGAACUGGGAAAGAGACCCGAUGAUUCUACAUUUUCCGAAGACAAACUCAUAUUUACUGCUAUAGACCUUCAGUUUGCUGGGACUGACACAACCUCCAACACCCUGCUCACUGCUUUUCUUUACCUCAUGAACUACCCACACAUCCAAGAACGAUGCCAGCAGGAGAUAGACCGGGUCUUGGAAGGGAAGGAUCGGGCCAGCUUUGACGACAGACACCAGAUGCCCUACGUGCAGGCUGUGACCCAUGAGGUUCAGAGGAUCGCCAACACUGUUCCACUCAGCGUUUUCCACAGCACGACCAAAGACACAGAGCUCAUGGGAUAUUCCAUUCCCAAGGGUACGAUGAUCAUCCAGAACCUGAGGUCAGUGCUGAAUGAGGAGGGACAGUGGAAAUACCCUCAUGAAUUCAACCCUGGAAACUUCCUGAACGACCAGGGAGAGUUUGUCAAACCAGAGGCCUUCAUGCCUUUCUCUGCAGGUCCUCGGAUGUGUCUCGGAGAGGGUCUGGCCCGUAUGGAGCUCUUCCUCAUCAUGGUGACUCUGCUGAGGAAGUUCAAGUUCAUCUGGCCUGAGGAUGCAGGAGAACCAGACUUCACUCCGAUCUUUGGGAUCACUUUGACUCCCAGACCUUAUCCCAUGAAGGUCCAGCUCAGAUCAUCCCAGUGAAGUGGUCUCCAGACACACAGCAGAACCAGUGCAGGGCUUUUAGUGUUGUCUGUAACAUGAUGUACAAUAUACAGAGAAAAGGGAAAUAUUAAGGAAUUCUUUUUGCCAUUAACCUCAUUUAUCUCAUUUUUAAGUCUUGUCUUUCUAAUCCAUACAUUUUUAAAACAUCAUUUGUUAUUUCACUCUCAACUUGUUCUGUCUUAUCUGAAUUUGGUUUUGGUUCCUUCCCACCGUUGCCGACUUGCUUAGGUGGAGUCCAGCGGCAGCUUUCCGUUGUUGGGUCGUCUGUUCAAGCUUUGAAGCUGUUUCCCUCAUACAGGGGAAACUAGAAAAUGCCAAAAUAUUGCAUUGGUUUAUGUUUUCUAUCAGUCACAUUUGCACUUCCUGACUUUACCUGUCGGAAUCAUUUUCUCUGACGUUCAGGUGUUUUCGGACUUUCUUUGAUCAUAUCUGCUGUCAUUGCUGGCGUUACUGGUUUUCAUCCAUCAUGGCUUUAUUUCAAAUUUCAUGGCAGGAAAAUAUUUUAUGCUAGGAACUCCUGCUGGUUCAACUGGGCUAACCAAACCCUUUUAGAGCUUAUUAAUGUCUAAAAAACUGAAG